CACCACUCCAGUUCCUGGUGCAUUUUUUCUAUUCCACCUUCUUCGUGUUAAGUUUUUUUUGGGGGGGUAAGGUGUCUAUGGUGAGGUCCCAGAGGAAGAGACCCCAUAACACCUUCCAGGUUCUGUACUACCAUCAAGGUGAUCAGGUCUAGGUAUUUUGGAGCUCUGUGUGGAGUAACGUGUCCAGACAGCCACAUAAAGUGGAGAAAGGAGGGAAGAGGAGGAGGAGGAAUAAAGUUUAGAGGUAGAGCGCAAGGUGAGAGCAGAUCGGCGGCUGAGACCUGACUGCUCCUGCUGAGUGGACCUCUUGCUUUCUGGACCUAAAUCAUCAUGCCGAGAGCUUUCCUGGUCAAGAGGAGGACCCCACCUCCCGCUAUCCGGAGCUGGGACGAACUCCCCGACGAGGAGCGAGCAGACACCUACAUCCCAGACAGCAUAGACUGCAUCUUAAAAUAUGUCACAGAAGAUAGCUGGAGUAACAGCAGCAGUGCCAGUGACAAUGCAGAAAACAGCCCUGAAAGAAGGGGCAGUGAAUCCAGCUUUACCACCCUCCCUGAAAGCACUGACCACCAGACCACCGAUGGCCUAUCACCACUUGCAGAUCAAAAGGCCAGAGAAUCUGAUCAGGAAGAGCAACCUCUGGAUCUUAAAGACAAAAGGUCACCCACAAGAUCCAAAAUAAAGGUCACCACUGGAACCUGGAACAGUGAAGAGAUUUACAGCUGUGAAAUCUGUGGCAAAGGCUUCCGCUUACAACGCAUGCUUAAUCGCCACCUUAAAUGUCAUAACCAAGUGAAGAGGCACCUGUGUACCUUCUGUGGCAAAGGAUUCAAUGACACUUUCGAUUUGAAGAGACACGUAAGGACUCACACAGGUAUUCGUCCAUAUAAAUGUGAAAUUUGUAACAAGGCGUUUACUCAACGCUGCUCUUUGGAAUCACAUCUAAAGAAAAUUCAUGGGGUGCAGCAAGGCUACGCCUAUAAACAGAGAAGGGACAAGCUCUUCGUCUGUGAAGAUUGCGGCUACACUGGGCCCUCCCAGGAGGAUUUAUACCUGCACGUUUUUGAAAGCCACCCAAAAAGUGGAUUCCUUAACAAAACCACCAAAAAAAUGGCAGCAAUUUUACAAAACAAAAUCACGUCUACUUUGCAGGGAAGUCCCAAUGAAGAUGAUGAUGAUGAUGAUGAUGAUGAUGAAGAUGAGGAUAUGGAGUAACCACUCAUUGGACGUUUUGUACAAGUGUUUACAUGGAAAAUGAACAUUGUUGCGUAUUUUAUAAUUGUUUUAAAGAGGAGCCUAGGGUUUAAUGGCACAUUCUAAUAACAAGACUCAAAAUUUCCACUAGCCAUUGGUAAAUUAAAAUAUAGCCCUGGUGAGUAGACCUUCACCUCUAGUGAGUGUGAUAUGGACCAUCCAGGCUUGCAGUGAUAAUUAACUUUUAAAGUUUGGCUUUUGGUGUAGGACUUGAAAUUUUAAGCCAUAAUAAUAAUAGUAAAGUUAGUUGUUAUUACUUAUGUCUAUUUAUUAUUUUUAUUGUUCACUUUUAUUCAGUUCAAAGUCAGAUCUGGCACAGCUUGGCAUCUGAUGCAAAUUUAAACUUUGCCACCAUUCCUUAUGCAGGAUAUCUUUUUUUUUUUUUUUUUUUUUUGGAAAUUAGCUAUGCUGAUUAUCCAGUUGUACUAGAGGUACUUUUGUUUCUACUUACCUCUGCUGGACAUAAACACACCCUUACCUUUUUAAGGUUUUUCUAUUUGACUAUUGUUCUUUUAUUAGAAGAAUUUUAAUGUAGGAAGAUGUUUGUGCUGUACUCUAUUACUGAUUUUGCCAAAAGACAGAUUUUUGAUUUUGAGAAUACUCUGAUUUUAUGUAUGAUGAGAGAGUAUGGAUGUUUCUAAGAAUUGAGCUUAGAAAAUGUACAUAGUAUGAAAUAUUAUAUAUUGGAUUUAGAGAGAAUAUACAAAGUGCCUUUUAACAAUUAUUGUAAAGAAAAAUUUACUGUGGUAUUAAGUACUUAUUUGUAACAGACAAUUUUUCAUUUUUAUAUAUAGAUAUAUACAUAGAAUGGGUGCUGGUGCCUUUUUAAUAAAAAAAUGUUUACAUUU